AUGUCGUCAGCAAGUCAAGAAGACAAUUCGAGUAACCGGAAACGGUCAGAGUCUAAAGCUAUCUUCAAAAACAUGUUUAAGAGAUCUAGAUCACAAUCAAUAGCGAGCUCUUCCAGGUCUUUAGGUUUUAGAAAAGUAUCAGCACCGUCCCAAAUGGACAACUCACCCAAACGCAGCCCGUCUGAUAAUUUCUCCAUCAAUACAGACUACGGUAAUUCAGUUCUUAAUUUACCCCCUAUAAAUUCAGUGCGAUCAAAUAAUCAAAACGGUGACUCGUACCACCAAAAGCAUCGUGUGGGGUCGAUUUAUUCAACAGAAACUAAUAACUCUAAUUUACAAGAGUUUCCCAUACUGUCAAACGGUAAAUCUGAGGCCAGGGGACGUGUCAAUGUUACUGAGUCUGUAAAUCGUCCAGUAGCCCAUCCCACUACUGAUUCUUCUCGUCAUUCGGCAAAUUCAUCUUGUGCACCCUCUUUAGCACACUCAUCUUACAUGAAAGCCAAAAAAGAUAUUGAGUCUGUGAAAAGCAAGUCUUCUGACGUAUCAGCUGAGAAAAGUGGAUUUUUGUCGACCAUAAUAAGUGUUGCUAAGAAUGCUGGAAGUCAUCUGGUAAAUAUCACUAGCAACGAUGCUUAUUCUGAUACCAGUAUCCAGAGUGAGGAAUAUCCAAACAUCGAGAGCCAAAAAAGUGAUCAUAGAAUGCGUGAUAACGUUCCCUAUGGUGCCAAUAUUGACAGAAUGCUAUCCGAUGAGCAUAGUUCUCUCACUAAUAUCCAAUUUCGUCCUCUGAAGGUCGAGUCUCCCCUGGUUACACUUGGAAAAGGCUCGCUAUCGUUGGAGCUAUUUGAUAAAGUUUUUCAACAUCCUAAUACAAUCCAGAAACAUGGGUCACUGUCUUCGUCGGCAUACAAUCGUACAGAGAGACCCACAUCCUCACAGCCAUUGGAAGACACAAGUCUUUACUUACCUGCUAGAUCAAGAUCCCCCAAUAGACGAAAUUCUAACUCAUUGAAUCGUUCAUCCGCAAAUAUGGAUACAAAAUCUUUAAAUUCAGACCGAAAAACUAGAGUAAACGGUGGACAAUCUUUGACUGGCAAUAUUGGCCAGGAAGAUUACGCCCACAGGUUACAUUACAAACAGCAGCACUCACUGCCGCAUAGAAGAAAAUCUCUGAAAGGCAUUACCUAUGCAAGCGAAAGGCGACAACAAGAGUUCCAUAACAUAUUCAAAACAAUUUCUCAAGAUGAAAAAUUAAUUGAAGAUUACAGCUGUGCAUUGCAAAAGGAAUUGUUAGUUCAAGGAAAACUUUACAUCAGCGAGGCACAUAUCUGUUUUUACAGUAAACUUUUAGGAUUUCAAACGACUGUCAUUAUACCCAUUAGUGAAGUUGUUCAAAUUAGCAAGAAAGUCACAGCUCUCCUAUUUCCUAAUGGAAUCGUUAUUCAAACUUUACAUACCAAGCACAUUUUCGCCACUUUUCUGACAAGGGAUAUAACUUUUGAUCUGUUGACGAAUGUAUGGAACCAAGUUGUUCAUGAUCAGAUGUCAAGGCCGAAAACAUCUGAUAUCUAUAGCGAUAGUGAUAUAACCACUGAUGAUGACUUAUCAACUGAAGAAGAAUAUGUAUCUGAUGGUAGCAUCAGCAAUGAGGACGGCAAUUUAGAAGAAGAUUACAACUCUUCAGAUGACAAUGUUUCAGAGACCUCGUCAAAUUCGACCCAAGAUAAUUCGAUGCUUAAAAGAAACACAACAGGUCCGCCGCAAGAUACAACUGAAAAGUUGGAGACAUCAACAGACUCUCAAUGGAAUGGAUUUCCUUCAGUGGGAGCAGUUUCUCAUCCUGAGACUAAACCUGGAUAUGACAAGCAAGCAACUGAUACUAUAGUUGUUGAUGAUACUAUAUCUGCACCUCUAGGUGUGGUUUUUUUAUUGCUAGUUGAUCCCAAAUUUAAUGAGCAGAUCCUCUCCAAGCAGAAGAAUUUCAAUAUAGAGUCAAUCUCAGCUUUCGAUAGCAACAAGCCAACAAAAAGAAACUAUUCAUACAUCAAACCAUUGAAUGGUCCUGUUGGGCCGAAACAAACAAAAUGUGUUGUUACAGAAAUGGUGGAAAACUUUGAUUUGAACUCCUGCAUUCAUAUUAUCCAAACUACGCAAACUCCUGAUGUACCAAGCGGAAAUUCUUUUCUGGUAAAGACAAAUAUUUUUCUUACAUGGGGUAAGAAUAGUAGCACCAAUUUGAAUGUGCUUACAUCGAUUGAAUGGUCUGGAAAAUCAUGGGUGAAAGGGGUAAUUGAGAAGAGCAGCAUUAGUGGCCAAACCGAAUAUUGGAAAUUUGUGGUGAACGAGCUCAAGCACACAUUGGCUGCUUCUGCUAAGGAAAGGCCGGUAAGGCAGAAGAGAUCUAGAUCAAGAAAAUCUGUUCAGAAACUUGAGGAUGAAUUGCUCUCCGAAGAUUCAUCUCUAGAAAGCACUCAUGCAUGGCUAAGUCCAAUCAGAAAGAUUGUAGACCUAAUACCAGAGACAUUGCGAGUAUAUGUGGCUAUCAUAAUAGUCGCAGGAGUAAUCAUGUUAGCUGGUCCUAAAAUGGGCAAUGUGAACAUAAAAAUCAAUGAAACCGGAAAUGGUUUGAGGCAAAUCAAAAUCGAUUCUACUGAGUAUAUGCUUCUUCCAACAUUAGAUAAUCUUUCACCAGAUUCUUCUCUUUAUGCCGAGAAGGAAGAGGAUUUGUGGAGAUGGAUUGAAUCGAUAAAUCACAGGGUUGAUGGGGAUAAGAUGGAGAACAUCAACAUAAAAAAAUUGCAAUUGAAAGAAAUGAUUCGAAUUAUGGAGAUGAAGUUAGAAAAAUUGAAAUACUCAGUUGAGAUCAAAUGA